UACGUUGGCGGUUGGUCACGUUGGUACAAAAUCCUGUCUGCUUGCCAGCUGUUGGUGUUCCCCCCAAGAUGAAACCCAGAGAAUCUGCAGCUUUCAUAGCCUCUGUUUCAAAGGAUGUUAAACUGAAUCCAGUUGGCAUUAAAAGAGUGGCUUCAGAGAUCAUACAAGCAAUUGUGUCACAAGAGUUUGAACCAAACAAUAUGAUGAUUCACUCCUAUCCACUACCUGUGACUGCAGAUGCCUCAAGCAUUGAAUGGAUGUUUGUAGCUGAUGCUCUAAAUUUUUCAUUUUGGGCAUUAGAAGAAAAUGCACAUUAUUCUGUUGAGCUACAUGGAAAGCAAUAUACCGGUUACAUGGCGUUGUGUGCCGCAAUUACCAAAGCACAAGAGGCCGGUAUCGCAAUAACGAGUGCAAAGUAUUAUGCAACUGUAACGAAAGAAACAGUCAACCAAAUAUUUAUGUCCAGUACGGGGGAACCCAUUCCUCUGCUUGAACAGAGAUGGAUUAUUUUGCAGGAAUGUGGCAAAAUCUUAAAUGAUAAGUUUGAUGGUGAAUUCUGUAAUUGCGUCGGGCAAUCAGGAAACAGUGCACAAAAGCUUUUAGAUUUAAUUGUGUCAAAUUUUCCUUCCUUCCGAGAUGAAGGCGUCUUUGAAGGCCAAAGAGUUUCCUUUUAUAAGCGAGCUCAAAUUCUUGUGGCCGACAUCUGGAGUGUUUUUAAAGGAAAGGGACUUGGAAGUUUCUCCGACAUAGACACGAUCACCAUGUUUGCUGAUUACAGAGUGCCACAGGCGCUAGUUCAUUUUGGGGCCAUGGAGUACUCUGAGAAACUUUAUAAGUUGCUAUCUACCAAUCAUACAUUUAUGAAUGGAGAUCGAGAAGAAAUGGAAAUUCGCGGAUGUUCAAUUCACGCAGUGGAGUUGAUCAAGGAAGAGUUAAAAUCUCAGUCAGUGGAUUUCAACAAAGAAGAGCUACCAAUAAAUAGUGCUAUGAUUGAUUAUUUCUUGUGGGAAUACCGAAGACGGUUUGCUAAGGAUCUUGCAAAGGUUCCUUAUCACAAAGUCCGGUGCAUAUAUUACUAGUGUUACCCACAAUUAGAAAAAGAAAGAUAACUUACAUGCCAGUGGAGUAUGUCGACGAAGAAAUUGAAAUAAAUGUGCGUACCACA